UGUCUCAUCUCUCCUCUCCGCAAGUUCGCAGGACUGCUGCCAUGGUCUUCCCUUCCUCGCUCGCUCCCUCCCCAUUCGCCACCCCUUCCGGCACCUUCCACCGAUCCCACCGCCCCGGCCCCGGCAGAGCGUCCCCAGCCGGUGCGCCCGGGAGGAGGCUCGCGGCGUACUCCUCGCCCUCCCCCGACGUCGUGGUCACGCGCGAGCACGGCAAGAACGCCAAGCUCGUCGCCGCGCUGGAAAAGCAUAAUGUGCACUCUCUGGAGCUUCCCCUUAUUCGGCACGUUGAAGGCCCCGACACAUAUAGGCUUUCAGCUGUCUUGCGCGAUGAGAAGUUUGACUGGAUCACUGUAACAUCUCCUGAGGCAGCUGCAGUGUUCCUCGAGGGAUGGAAGGCUGCUGGAAGACCAAAGGUGCGAAUAGCAGUCGUUGGGGCAGGUACUGCAAGAACUUUUGAUGAAGUAUUGCAAUCUCAUGAUGGAUCCCUUGAGGUUGCAUUUUCUCCUUCCAAAGCUAUGGGGAAGGUUUUGGCCUCAGAGCUUCCAAGGUCCAGUGAGACUGUCUGUAAAGUGUUGUAUCCUGCAUCUGCAAAGGCUGGCCAUGAAAUUCAGAACGGGCUGACAGCUAGAGGGUUUGAGGUCACAAGACUGAACACGUAUACAACUGUACCUGUGCAAGAUGUAGACCCGCAGAUUUUAAAGCUUGCUGUUUCAGCACCAGUUGUUGCAGUAGCUUCUCCUUCUGCACUCCGAGCUUGGCUGAAUCUGAUGUCACAAGUUGACAACUGGAACAACUCAGUCGCUUGCAUAGGCGAGACGACAGCAUCAGCGGCUAAGAAACUCGGCCUGGACAGCAUAUACUAUCCUGCAACCCCUGGACUUGAAGGGUGGGUUGAAAGCAUCCUGGAAGCGCUCAAAGCCCAUAAACAAUCAUCAAGCUGAGACAUUGGCAGUUCCCUUGGAUUUUUCUUUGUUUCUUGUAACCUUCUCUGAUUCUGCACUAGGCCCCAAACGCUCGAAGAUGAUCGCCUGUUGACCGGCAGAUGUAGCUGUAUAUGCGUUGUUUGCGGUACAUGUGUUUGAUUCCUGCUAAUCACACACGGUGUGUGCUUGCACUGUGAAGAGAGACGGAACCGCAGCGGUGGCUGCGCCUGUAAUUGUAGUGAGGCGUGUUGUACGGAAUGUAAACAACUGUUCCGUGAUUCAGACAUGAAGUGCAAGUGUUGCUGGUUUGCACUUUGCGGUUGCCAACCAAACA